AUGGAAACCCGGAUUGGGGGAGACAGAGCUAAGGAGAUAACUGACCGUCUUCCUUUUGAUGGCGCUAUUCACACGGAGACAAUCGGUUUUGCUGGUGGCAUUUGGCUUCUCUGGAAUUCUGACAGGGUUGAGGUAACGCAUCUUGCCAAUACGGAGCAAGAGAUUCAUGUGGAAAUUAAGGUAUUACCUUCUAACUUAUCUUGGAUUUUUACGGCUGUAUAUGCUAGUCAUAGAUGUGUAGAAAGACAGAUUUUGUGGGAGAAUCUUUCUAAAGUUGCUAAACUUCAUAAUUUGCCUUGGAUUAUAGCUGGGGAUUUUAACGAGCCCCUUGUAGAUGAGGAUAAAUAUGGGGGUAGGCCAGUGAGCAUAUCUAGAUCUCUUCUAUUUAAAGAGUGUCUGGACAAAUGUAGUAUGGUGGAUAUGGGUUUUAAUGGGUCAAAAUAUACUUGGACUAAUAGAAGGGAGAUCAGUAGUCUUAUUCAAGAGAGAUUAGACAGGUUUUUUAUGAACCCCAGUUGGUGUCUGUUGUACCCGAAUGCUAAGGUGACGCACCUCACGAGGUGUCACUCGGACCAUUGCCCGGUUCUAAUGGAAACUAAUCCUAGAGGCCAAAUGUUUCUGAAUAGACCUUUUAAAUUUCAGAGCUUUUGGUUAUCCGAUCCUUCUUUUCCCUUUGUAGUAAAUCAGGCUUGGCGGCAACCUAGGAAGCUUAUGGAAGCAAUUGACUCUUUCGCCAAGCAAGCUACCCUGUGGAAUAAAAACCACUUCGGUAAUAUCUUUCAUAAGAAGAAGAGAAUCAUGACCCGGCUUGAUGGUGUUCAAAUGGCUUUGGCCUCGGAGCCUUCUGCCUCUCUAGUAAAUCUUGAGAACCAUCUUCUUAAGGAGUUGGAUGUUGUUUUGGAGCAAGAAAAGGAUCUGUGUGCACUAAAAUCCAGAAUUAACUAG